AUGGUUUUGAAGGAUCGACCUUCCGAUGUGAAAAAUACACAACUCCCCGUCGUAGCAACUUCAAGAAAGGAUGUCGAGGGAACUAAAAGGUCUAUUUUGACCGAUUUAGAUGUUGAUCCUAAGAGGUUGACGGUAUUGGAGGUUGAUGUCACAAGUAAGUGA